CGGCUGUCAGGUGACGUCAUGUCCCUGCGACUGUUUAUAUGCGACAUACCAUGAUGGCUCUGUUUCCAGCGUUUGCAGAAACAACGAGUAAUGAAGUUGAAGAUGCGUCCAAAGAGUUAGACUGGCUGAACAACAAGAGCUUUCGGGCCGGGAAUGCCCUCUCUCUUCACAGUCGGUUCUUAGAGGAGAAGGAAUCAAGAGAGGGGAGCUCUGCAGAGGAGGAGAAGAUACAAGUGGAAGAGGACAAUGUGCCACCCCAAAAGAAGAAAAAGAAGAGUGAGAAGAAGAGGAAAAAGAAGAAAAAGCACAAAAAGAAGAGUGGGAGGUGUUCAGAUAGCAGUGGGUCUGACUCUGAAACUAUAUACCCCAGUGAUCUCAAAAGGGAAGAAGAGGCAGAUAGAUCACAGGUUGCUCCAUUAGCAAGUCGUUUCUCCUGGUUGGAUGAUGUCCAGUUGACCACAGAGCAUCCAUUCUGUGUGGACCGUAAACCAGACUCAGCCAACUGGACAUACAAGUCCCUGUACAGAGGAGAUGUAGCAAGGUAUAAAAGGAAAGGCUGCUCGUUGGUUGGACUCGACCCUCGCAGACAGGGAGUCAGCUGGGACGAGUCAGAGUCAAAUAAGAAACAGAAAGGUGGGGGCAAGAAUAAAGCAGCAGACAGAUACUUCUCUACAGUCAGUCGCCAGCUGCUGAGGUCCAAGUCCGCCGUUCCUACGUUACCGAUUCCUGAGUGUAGUGAUGUCAUCAGCUCCAUCUCCUUCCUCCCUCUGGGUGAUGAUGAGGGGGACAACAAAGGAGGAGAGACAGGUGACCGUGUGCAGACAUCAUCAGUAAAUCCCCUCGGUGUGUAUGACUCCUCCACGGCCCUCUGGCUGCAGGGGAAGGGACAGCGGGACCAGACAGAGCAGCAGAAACGGGACGUACAGACAGGGCAAAGCACUGUGCUUAUGUCCAGGAGGACUGAAGAGUUUAACAGGCGGCUCAGAGAACAGCCAGCAGACACACAGCUAUGGAUAAAAUUCAUACAAUACCAGGAUGAGCUGAGUUCAACGGAGUUUGGAGGCGAGGAGGAGCAGCAGGGCAGCGAUUCAACUGAGUGCCGUAAGUCUUCCUACCGAGCAGUCCUGGAGAAAAAGCUGAGCAUCGCAGAGCGCGCUGUGGACACCAACCCCGGCUGCAUAGCUCUGCAGCUGGAGAGGCUCAGGAUCUGCCAGGAGCUCUGGGAGCCUUCAGUUCUGGCUAAAGAAUGGAAGAAACUGGUGUUCCUCCACCCAAACAGUGCCCCCUUGUGGAGGGAGUACCUGCUCUUCACCCAGAGCUACUUCAGCAACUUCACUGUGUCAAAGGUCAACUCUGCCUACGGGAAGUGUCUAAGCACACUCAGCUCUGUGCGGGACGGCAGCAUGGUCUCUCAUCCAGCCCUGCCAGGGAUUGAGGAGGAUAUGUUGGACAUCUUCAGCCAACAGUGUCAUUUCCUGCGUCAGUCUGGACACUCCGAGAAGGCGAUAUCUCUGUUUCAGGCCAUGAUCGACUUCACUUUCUACAAACCUGACAGCGUUCGAAAACUGUCCACCAAGCAGCAGAUGGAGUUCUUUGAGCCAUUCUGGGACAGCGGGGAGGCAAGGGUUGGGGAGUUCGGGGCCAGAGGCUGGAAAACCUGGAUGCUCCAGCAAGAGCGUGGGGGAUGGCUACAGCCCAAUGCAGACGACGAAGAAGAGGAGGAAGAGGAUGAGGAGGAGGUGAAGGAUCGGGGCUUGCCCAGAGGAACAGUCUGGCUGGAUGUGGAGUCGUCUCGUGAAGCAGCUCACUGGUUGCCAUGGAGGCCUGACAAAGCUAAGGGCCAAUCAGAAGAGGACUGUGAGGACCCAGACAGACAGGUGUUAUUUGAUGACAUUGGUCCAUCCCUAAUUUGUCUGUCUUCACCAGAGCUCCAGCUUCGUCUUCUUCUCCAUUUCUUGUCAUUCCUGGGGCUGCCUGUGGACUCUGUACUCUCUCCUGCCCCCUGUCGCCCCAGCCUGCUGCUGGAGAACCUUUCUUUGCUCACUCAAGGUAAUGAGCUCCAGCGUCCUCUGACCUCCCACAGCCUACCUGACCCCGGGGUUAACUCUGUAGGUCACAUGACCACUCUUCAGGGAACCAGGAAAUGGGUGGGGCUCGGAAAGCAAGGCGAGAGGUUUGUCACCAGCGUGUUCAAUAUGGUCCAACCCGUCCUUCCUCCCCACCACCGAGCCAUUCUGUCACUCAGCUGGAUCCAGUACGAGAAACUCAAGGUUUUGCGCUGCUUGCGCAGUGGCAACAAAAAGCGCCUUCGUUCUCAAGGCAAGAGCAGCAAGCGGGUUGCCAAGCGAUUGCUCAAAGAAACUGACAACCGCUCAUCAUUGGUGCUGUGGCGGGAGUAUGCCCACCUGGAGUGGAUGCUGGGCAACCUGGAUGAAGCUCGCAAAGUCUUCUCCACGGCCACAGCGAUAGGCGGAACCAAAGGGUUGAAUAGCCCCACCCUAUGUGAGCUGUGUCAGCUGUGGUCUCAGCUGGAGGUGGAAGAGGGUGCAGGGGUGCAAGGAGGGGGACUAACCGACGUAACCGCCUCCCCAGCUGUGUUGGUACUAACCAGGCUGGCUGAAGGAACCUCCUCAUCUUCUUCUUCAUCCUCCCAGUCUCUCUCUCCAGUAUCUAUACUGAAAGCCAGGAGGUCUUAUGAACAGGUUCUGACAGCAGGCUUGUCAGCACUAGACCAAGUCCCCAACAACCCUCAGACCAACAGAAAAGGUCAAGAGGACCUGCUAGGAGAGAAGCUGAGGCUGGGUGGUCUGGUAGGCUGCUACGCUCUGUUCCAGUACCUCACAGUGGGCAUCCAAGCAGCCAAUGCUGUCUACAGCCAAGCCAGAGAAAGGAUGGAGGAGCUGCAUGGCACACUAACGCUUGACAAACAGUUUAACAGUAAUGAGGAACCUAACCUUGGUAGCAGUGAUGCUAGAAACUCUGCAGUUGAUUCCAGCCAUACCGGCAGGCUCUAUGUUGAUAAGCUAGCUUCUGAGUGUCAGGUGUUAGCAGUACAGCAGGCAGCCUUGCUGAGGUACCACAACAGCAUCAGUGUGUUUCCGCUUGCAACACUGAGACAAAUGCUGACAUCUGGCCUUUCAAGCUGGCCCAGCAGUGCCCCUCUCUGGAGCAUCUAUGUACAGGUGGAGAACCGUUACCAUAGUGCUGGCCGGGCGCGUCGCUUUUUUCACUCUGUAACCAGGGACAACAGCAGUGUGGUGCCACGCCUCUUUGCCAUUCUUGCUGAACAACAAAGGAAGCAGCUGGUGGACGCUGCUCAGAGGUCUUGUUGCCAUGACGCUACCUUGCCAUUGCUGCCAGAGAAUGGCCUCAGCAACCGCAUCCGUGGACUGUUUGAAAGCGCCAUAGAUACAGAGAUGGGCGCUCGCUGUCCUUUAGUUUGGAGGAUGUACAUGCACUUCCUGGUGUCAGAAGGGAAGGUGGAUAAAGCCAAAGGGAUUUUCUACAAAGCCUUACAGAAUAUUCCCUGGGCAAAGGGUUUGUACAUGGAUGCAGUACAGCUGUUCCCUGAUCAUCUUCAAGAGUGUGUAGAUCUGAUGACAGAGAAAGAACUCCGGGUCAGACUGCCUUUAGAAGAACUGGAUAUACUACUGGAAGACUGAACGCACACACGCACACACACUUAAUUCAAGAGCUUUGAGUUUGCUUUAUUAGCAACAUACUGGCAAACUUAAUGGCAACAAUAGUAGACACACGUACAAACUCAGAUGCUUAUACACACAAAGCAGCUGUAUUGAACAGUGGUGUUGCGGUAAUCUAAUCUAAAGAUGGACAAGGAGCCAUCCUAUGUACAUAAUGUCUGAAAAUGCUUUAUUUUCACAGCAAAUAGAACUGUGUUUUAGUACCUGUUAU